AUGGACGCGUCCAAUGAUGGCUCUGAGUCUGUCGACCAAUUCCUGGCUCGAAUUGCGAGCCUCAGUUCUAAGCAGGGCCAGGAGGAGGCCGAACGCUCCAAAAGAGUCGAGGAAGAACUGCUACAGGCACGGAAGGAGAGACAAGCCAGGAGAGCUGAGCGUGCACGAUCUCUCUCACCCUCCAAGACAGGCCCUUCUCCAUCGCUGCGGACGAUUGGCGACGCCACACCUUCUCGGAGUCGAGGAAUCGAGCCUCCGGUUACUCUAACACCCCCAUCACAGUCUCUGAGCUUAGAUCGCUCCUCUUCUACAUCUCCCAAAUCCGAGCACCGUCAGCCCUCGUCGAUUGAGUUUACGCGGCCACUCCCUCCCCAACCAUUUCAUGACAGAUCCUCCACGCCGAGUGCUCCUGCAAAUGCUACUUCAUUGUCAAGAAGUGGAACCCUGUCUUGGAAUCAGCGGCCUGCAUCCAGGGGUGCAGGCUCUUUCAGGGCACGGCCACAAUCGGUAGCAUCGAUUCCGGACGCAUUCACAAAUUUGGCCGCAACUCCACAAAAAGCUCCCGAGGAGAUGUCAAGAAAGGACAUUGCUGCCUCUCUAGCUAGCAAAGACCCAACAUGGUUUCGCCAGACUGCCGACCGUGGUGUUGGCUCGGCGGCAUACCGAAAGGACGAGUUUGAUCAGGACACAACAACUUCCCUUUUAAACCGUGGCGUCAGGCUACCAGGCAUGUCCAAAGACUCAACUAUGGUUGCAAGCAGUGAACCUCAGAAGCCAACACCCCCUCCUUCACCCCUCAAGACUGUUUCAACCCUGCCUCCGCAGCAGCGGCCGGAUGCCGACCAACCCACUUCAGCGAGACCUGCUUCUAUGAUGUCGCUGUCAUCGAAAUCCCCGGUAUUAGAUCUGCCGUCAUUCAAACCACUGGAAUUGAGUAACGCUGCAGAGGGAGACUCCACCGGCCUUGGAAGGACUUCCAGUAUCCCAUCCUCUGCCGGCCGUCCGCCAUCCCCUACCAAAGGACUGGGCGGCUUCGUACAGAGUGCGAUGAUGAAAAGAUCCGACAGUGUGAACAAGAGAUGGAGUGUUCAAGCCAAUGCAGGACUCAAGCGAGGGGACUCGGUGGCCACCGCUAGGCCUGCACAAUUGUCUGGGGUACCUGGGUACACUCCAAGCCAUAGCAGAAAUUCCUCCAAGGACACCAGAAUUGUAAGAGAGGGAAAUUCAUCCCCCUUGUCCAGCUCUAGACCGGUUUCAAGUCACGGUUCUGACCCCGUCCCUGUAACACGGGGGAGGCCUUUGCCGCGCCCACAGGAUGAGUCAGCAAGCCCAACCAAAGAUAGUCCUGUAAGCGAGCAAGAUGCCAACCUCCCAGAAUCUCCGGUCCGACAAUUAAAUCGUCCAACAACACCUCCACCAUCAGAACAACUGUUGUCUCGAAGCCCUUCGAAGACGCUGGACUCACGCCGAUGGAGUCCAACCAAGGCAAGCUGGCUUGAAAGUGCUCUUAAUAAGCCUGAAACACCGCGACUUUCCCCGGCUAAGUCUGAAACACCAGCUUGGAAGCUCAACAUGCAGCGUUCAAAAGAGGCCCAGUCUCAGUUGCCAGAGGGCAUACGUGACUUGCCGAAGGCUGCAGAUGCGACCAAGCCUCUGGCCUCUCCUCCAUUAAGGCAGACUUCUCCGGUGCGGAACAGCUCAACAGAUGGCAUGCCAUCUAAGCCUAGCAAUACCUCAGCUGGACCUACCUCAGAAAAAGACCCUUCCCUGAAGACUCCACUAAAAUCGCUCCCUUUGACCUCCAACCUGACAGAUGGUUCUACCGGAAAGCCAGCCAUUCCGUCCAAGAGGAAUAUAACACCUGUCACAUCAAAAGUAAAUUCUGACGGGAAGCCUGGUGGACCAGCAAAUCCUGCUACCGAACCCGCUGACGAACCAACAAUUUCAAGCUCUAAAGCAGUGUCGAGUCCAGAAGCCAAGUCAGAAGUCAAACCACCUAUGCUGAAACCAAAGCCUCAGACGCCACCAAAGACAGAUUUUCGUGCUAGUCUCAAGUCUCGUCAAAUGCCAUCAACAGCAAACGCGAAUGCUGAGCCAGAAUUCAAAGCUGUUUUUGGAAAGCUCAAGCGUACUCAGACCCAAAAUUAUGUUGCCCCUGACGUUCUCAAGAACAAUAUUACCCAAGGCAAAGCAGCAUUGAAUGCCACAGGAGGCCCACAACCAAGCAAGCGGGUCGAUGAAUUCAAAGAAAGCAUUCUACAGAAGAAGGAAGCGAUGAAAGCGAGUGGUGGAUCUAUAGGCAAGCGACCGGAGUCUCUUAAUUCAACGAAGCCGUCUGAACCCGUGCCAGAGGCACUAGCUAAAAGAAUUGCAUUGCACAAGACUGGUCCCUCCACUGACAAGAUCGAGGUCGGUAAAGUCGUCGACGACCAGCCUGCCACACCAGCACUGUCUCGCAAUCUACCCCCAAAGCCAAACCUGUUGAAGGAAGAGGACCCGGUUUUGCAACCGUCAAGAAUCGCCUUGCCUCCCAAAUCGCUAUCAGAAGAGUCGAUCAGUUCUAAAGUGGUAUCAACCAUGGGUUCUGAAAAUAAGUCCACAACUACACUCCGCAAGACCAAUACAAACCCCGAGUCUAUCAAAGCGGACAAGACUGCUGCAUCUUCAGCGGAAGCAAGUUUCAAAGUGAAAUUGCCUGACAAUAGUAGGCUUGCUGCUCGUCUAAAUCCUGCUCUUGCCGGAAUCUUGUCACGGAGUGGCAGUCCUCGGCCGACUGAAGAAACAGCACACAAAACUAGUAUUUUGACCAACACCCACGGUACCGACGGACCAAGUUCUAAGGGAACAGAAUUGACCCAUGCAACAAAGAGCAGAGCCAAGGGACCAAAGCGGCGGACUCCGAAGGGUAUUUCCGUCCCAAAAGAGGGAGCCAUCUCGAAGGAAGUCAACUCAGCAACUAAAUCUGAACCUGUCCCAGUCAAAGCUACACCUUUACCAUCACCAAAGCCAGUCGUCUCUUCAGCCACACCCGCAACAAUCACUGCGGCUAAGAAUAGAGAGACUCCUGAGCAAUUCAGAGGGCCUAAACCCACUCCCAGAAAGCCUAGCGCGAAUAUUGAGCUCCCGAAGCCGGCAGAAGGUCAAGACGAGAAGCCUCCUAUUGCUCUUACAGAAAAAUCAAAGGCUGCACCCGUCGAGAGGAACACCCUUGAAGAAACCCCUACAGAGGUUGAACCCAAGCAACCAAGCAUCAAACCCAAACCUCUUUUGACCGCAAAGUCUGCAGAACGGCGUACUGAAUCUAAACCAUCGACAUUGAAAGCUCUCGAGAAUGAAUCAGUCGGCAAGCCAGCGACACCAAAGAAGUUUGCUGUUCUUCCAGAUCGGCCAUUGAAUGUCGCAUCACCACCCGAGUCUGAUGGCGAAAAGCAUCUUCCGUCAAUCUCACCGCCAGCACUUAGCAGUCUUCCGCUGACACCAAGCAAAUCGAAACUCAACACGCCAAGAUCGUAUCCUUCACCUGAUGAUGCGAACAAAUCUACAUCCGUAACUCCCAGCAAGGUUAGAGGGCUCGGUCUUCAGAUUGAUUCUUCGUCUCGGAAAGUCGCUGCGACACCAGAAUUAACUCCUCCUCCAGACUCUGAAACAAUUUCUUCUCGUCCUCGGCCGUUACCUAGUAAACCAAAAGCGCUUCAAAAGUCGCCUUCGAAGGUCAAGACGCAGCUACAGACAUUCUUUGGCAUCGUCCCGCAAAUUGGCGAAAAGGCCGAUUUUGAUACUCAAACGUUUCUCGCUUCACAGAAUAAGCCAACGCAAAAAGCCAAGACGGUUAGUAUGCAAAUAUGGGAGGUUACAGGGGAUGGAAAACGAACACCAAUGCCACCUCAACAGGAGCAUAUUUUGUUUGAAGAAUGCAUGUACUUGUGCGUUCAUGCUAUGCAGCCUUCGAGUGGAGCCAGAGUAUCCGAGACAUAUCUUUGGUGCGGUGAUGAAGUCCCCGAAGCUGCCAUUGAAGAUGCCCAAUUGUUCUGCAGGAAGAUUGCUCGCGACAACGGUGCCAAACUUGAGGUUGUCAAGCAAGGAAAAGAAAGUUCCGAGUUCUUCCAGGCCCUUGGAGGAAUUGUCAUCACCCGAAAGAAUAAAUCAUCUGCUCUGUACAUGCUAUGUGGGAGACGACAUCUUGGACAUGUGGCAUUUGAUGAAGUUGAGUUUACAGCCUCCAGCCUCUGCUCGGGUUUCCCUUUCCUGAUUUCCGCCAAAUUUGGCAAGCUUUAUCUUUGGAAAGGGGUUGGUAGUGAUCAGGAAGACGUGGGCUGUGCCAGACUAAUCGGUAUGGACCUCGGCCUCACUGGAGAAAUUGAGGAAAUUUCACAAGGGACGGAGCCUGCCAGCUUCUGGGAGUCCUUCACCUCAAGAGCACAAAACCCCUUCACCUCGGAUGUUAUUACCAGUGCAGAGCACUCCAAAGGUUAUUCUAGCCGACUGUACCGUGUUGAACAUGACCGGCCUAAAUCAUCUGGUGGGUUCUGGGGAUUACGAGCAGCCUCGCCGCCAAAGCAAUCUCUAAAAGCAUUGGUCGAAGAGGUCUCACCCUUCACCCAGAAGGAUCUAGAUGUGAAUCACAUUCACAUCCUAGACACCUACAGCACCGUUUAUGUUAUUAUUGGCUCGUCUGCCAAAAAGCCUGCCGAAUUCAUCACAGCUCUACAAAUCGCACAGGAAAUUGCGGUCCUUUGUCCAUCUGUACAAGACCGACCUCUGAUUCCUAGCUGUUAUGUUCUGCUUGGGGAACCGCCACAGGAAGUCAAAGCUGUCUUCCGGAAAUGGUCUCCUCCAAGAGACUCGUCGGGGGGGAGCCAGGUUUGCGUUCGACUUGAGGAAGUUGCACAAGAGCUGGGACUUUCAUUAUGA